UUGCAAACUGGUCUCCGAGCAAAUCGCCCGGAAAAUAAAUCGAAACAAAUAAUAAAAAAUCUAUUAUUAAUUAGAACGCGCCCCCCCAUUUUUGUGCUCCCGUGUUGUGUACCCCGCCCCGCCAACUCAGCGGAACAGCCGUUGGAAGUACGCAAAAUAAGAUUGGGCAAUUAUUGUCAUCGCAUUACUUGAUGAAUAAGUGAUGUGUGCUUGUGUGCGAUACACCCACCUUGAGGUAGCAAAACAACAACAACAACAACAGCAGCAGCAGAGACAACAAUAAAUCAAACAAGAAAACAAACACGGGAGCUGCAAUCACACAUUCCGGGGACCUACGGUUACGCAGCCCAAGAGCAGGGUCACCACUCCAGUGGCUCGCCCUUGCGCCCAUUAGAAACCAAAGAGUCAGAGCCAGCCGAGAACCCCAAGAAAACACCCAAUAUUACCAACCAUACACCACAUACGAAUACCACUUUGCUGGGCGUUCGCGCCAACUAUAAAUAGAAAAGGCAACAACAACGCAGCACAGCACAGCAAACAACUGUCCAUAUCCAUAUCUACAUAUAUUUAUCGACUCGACGCAGAAGAAGAAACCCUCAAGUAUUACAAUUUUCAUUCGAGAUUAAGGGAGCGAAUAGGAGUGGAGUAGGAGCUCUCAAAACCAUAUCAGUAGGCCAGCCCCGGGAAAAUGGACACGGUGGGCUCGGGGGACAAUGUUCCCAAUGGAGACGCUACUGCGGCCACCAGGACACUUAAAAAUAUCGUCAAGGAGCGAUUCAAGGAUGACGAAACCAUAGAAUUCAUAUUCGAGGCUUAUCAGAUCAAGGGUCCGGAGUAUACCAACCGGCUUUUGGCGCUAGUUUCCUCACAAUCGGGCGGAACCUUCGCCAUCAUCUCCUUCUCCUACCUGCGCACUCCGUUGACCUCCGUAAACGAGCUGAUCAUCAACAAGGUGUUCGCCAUCGACCACAACUUCCAGUUGCGACAGGAUAGCAAGAGCUCGAUCACCACACAGCAGUUUGAUUUGUGCACAGCCGAAGAUGGCCCCAUCAAGUUCUACUACUACGCCACAGAGGGCGAGCACUACGAGGAGUUUGUGGCCAAGGUCAUCUCCUGCAAGAGCACCAUGACCCAGAACGAUCCCGAAACGGUGCUCAACUUCAGGUGGCUGAACGACUACCGGCAAAUCGGAGAGGUGAAGCAGGAGCUGAAGAAGCGGGAGAGCGAGUACAUUGUCUACAAGGACAUCAUCAUCUACUGCGCCACUUGGAAUGUGAACAACAAAACCUGCAGCGACAACAGCAAUCCACUGCGUCCCUGGUUGGCCUGCAGUGACCGGCCGCCGGACAUAUAUGCCAUUGGACUGCAGGAGCUUGACACGCCCACAAAAGCUAUGCUCAACUCCACGCAGGUGCAGGCCCUCGAGAAGCACUGGAUCGACAAGAUGAUGGACAGCGUCCACCCGGACGUGGAGUACGAGAUCCUGAUGUCGCACCGCCUGGUGGCCACCAUGCUGACGGUCAUUGUGCGCAAGCAGCUGCGCCAGCACAUAAUCCGCUGCCGGCCCAAGUCAGUGGCCCGCGGCAUCUUCAAUACGCUGGGCAACAAGGGGGGCGUGGCCAUCAGCCUGCAGCUCAACGAGGGGAACAUCUGCUUUGUCAAUUCCCACCUGGCCGCCCACAUGGGCUACGUGGAGGAGCGGAAUCAGGACUACAACGCCAUCGUGGACGGCAUACGUUUUGACGACGGACGCACGAUCAGCGAUCACGAUCACAUCUUCUGGAUGGGCGACCUCAACUAUCGCAUUCAGGAGCCGCCCGGCCAGCAGCGACCAGGACCGCUGAGCGAUGCCCAGACCUACGAGCUGCUGCUGCAGUACGACCAGUUGCGCCAGGAGAUGCGGCGCGGCAAGUGCUUCGAGGGCUACACCGAGGGCGAGAUCAAGUUCCGGCCGACGUACAAGUACGAUCCGGGCACGGACAACUACGACAGCAGCGAGAAGCAGCGGGCGCCGGCCUACUGCGACCGGGUGCUCUGGAAGGGCACACGCAUCGAGCAGCUGGCCUACAACAGCAUCAUGGAGAUACGCCAGAGUGAUCACAAGCCGGUGUACGCGGUGUUUCGCGUAAAGAUCAAGACGCGCGACGAGGUCAAGUACAAGCGGGUCCAGGAGGAGGUACUAAAGGCGGUGGACAAGCGAGAGAACGACAACCAGCCGCAGAUCAAUGUGGAGAAGACGGUUAUCGAUUUCGGAACGGUGCGCUUCAACGAGCCGACCACGCGAGACUUUAACGUCUACAACAACUGCCCGCUGCCCGUGGACUUUAGUUUCAAAGAGAAGGACAUCCACGCCAUCUGCGAGCCUUGGCUGCAUGUCGAUCCGCGCCAGGACUCGCUGCUGAUCGACUCCGCCCGCAGCAUUCGGCUGAAGAUGCACGCCAAUGUCCGCACCAUUGCCGGUUUGCUGCGCAAGAUCCGCGCCAGCGACAACUUCGAUAUACUCAUCCUGCAUGUGGAAAACGGACGGGACAUCUUCAUCACGGUGACCGGCGACUAUCAGCCCAGCUGCUUUGGCCUCUCCAUGGAGACGAUGUGCCGUACCGAUCGGCCCCUCUGCGAGUACUCCCAGGAUCAGAUCAAGCAGCUGAUGAAUAACGAAUCGCCAGAGUACCGCGUGACCAUGCCGCGGGAAUUCUUCCUGCUGAUCGACUAUCUGUAUAGGCAGGGCGACAAGCAGGUGGGCGCCUUCCCGUCCUAUGACUCGCGCCUCUCCCUCGGCGUCCACUUCAACUCGGUGCGCGACUGGCUGGACACCUGGUCGGAUGAGCCGUUCCCUGCCAAUGCGGAGACUGCUGCGCAGGCGCUGUUGCUUUUGCUGGAUCUGCCGGAGCAUGCACUGCUGGAACCGGUUGUGGAGAAUCUGCUGGAGUGCACCAACAAGUCGCAGGCCAUGGACUACAUCUCGCUGCUGAGUCCACCAAAACGGAAUGUAUUCAUGCACCUGUGCAUGUUCCUGCGCGCGGGCAUCGAGAGUCAGCAUUACGAAAUGCAGCAAGUCGCCUCCACCUUUGGCCGCAUCCUGCUGCGCAGCACCGAGCGCGCCGCCUGGAUGGACUACCACAGUCGCUGCAUCCAGUUCAUGCGGCUCUUCAUCGACUCGGACAACGAGACAAUGGACAACGGCAAUGAGGGCUCCGGCACAGGAACGGGAUCCGGAUCUGGGACCAGGGCCGGACUGCAGGCAUAGGCGCCGGCGCCAAGCGCCAGAAUAGAGCGAUAGUUGUAGUCUGUUGAUAGUUAGCUACCGUACGCGUUAGUUUUAGGGCUAUUUAUUUUACUUGUUGGUACUUUGUUGGCACUAAGCAUUUAUAUUUUCUUUGUUUUACCUGUUAAUUGUUUGUGCCCGCCUUCCGUUCAUUCCAACUCGAUUGCCCCCGCCUCACAUCCCGGUUCACCUGGUUAUAAUGCAUCAUACAUCACACAAGCAGAUGGAUAUAAACUGACUACUGAAGCCGAACGAUUGUGCAGUGGCUAGUGGAGCAGGAGGCCAACGUAAAAAUAAAUCUAUUGUGUAAAUAAGUUAAACGAAAUGUGCUGCACACCCGUUAAAUCAAUGUUUAGUUGAGCACGAUUGCUUGUUAGUUAAGAUUAAUGAGGAAUUCCGCUGGGAAUCUCGUGACCCCUUACAUCCCGGUUUCAGUUGCAACUGAAAAUAAAUAACGC